AUGCACUUGACCACCAAUGAUGAAGAAAUCCACAAAAUGAUUGGCGUUACGGAGGUAAUACUCACGAUCCAUGGUCGGGACAGCGUAAUGCGCUAUAACAAUAUUAGGUUGGACAUUUGUAAGCUGCUCAGUUUCUCCGCAAGGCGUUCCAUACUUGCCUUCUUCUACCAGAGCAUUAGACGAGCCGCCAUUAACUUUCCAAAGCGAUGUCCUUUCAAGACGAACACAACCUACACGCUCAAGCAGAUGAGUUUUGAUGUGAACGUCUUCCCUUUCUAUGUGCCCGAGUAUAAUUUCACCUUUAUCGGCCACUUUUUUGCCAACGACGUACUCACCAUGGACGUUAAGGUAACCGGCGCACUCUGCAAAAAGACGAACAAUUGCUCAGGUGCAGUGGGCGAGUUGCAACCCUAA